GAUGGAAACGACCAAGCAGGUCACCACCCAGGCACCCACGCACGGUCUUUGACCUCUCGUCCCGCACAGCCAAAACGAAAAAAAAUUCCCCUGAUUGAUUCCUUACCUUGCCGUCGAUGUGCCGCCUCUCUCCGGCCGCCCCUCUCCGGCCGCCUCUCUCCGCCCCCACCCUCUCUGCAGUCUACCGUCAGGCUCGCCGCGUCGCCGAUUCCUCCUUCUCCGCCCCCCCCUCUCCGGCCGCCCCUCUCCAACCGCCGGUCUGCCCCGUGCGGGUCAGUCCAUGCAACCGCCGGUCAGCUCCUUGCGCGGCAACUGCCGAUCGUGGAGGUCGUGGAGAUUACCACCUCCAGCACAAAAUGCUCAAAGCCCCCUCCCCGCACUUGUUCUCCCCUCGUCUCCCAGUCACCUCUCUCAAAUCCGGCGACUGGACCAGCUGCUGCCGCCACCGGGAAACCUCCAACCACAGAAUAGGUCGGACGCCGCCGGCAGUGGCCACGCUGUUGCGUCGUCCAUCUUGCACGUCGCCCACAGGAGGGCGUGCACAGGACGUCUUCCUCCUCCUUACGCCGCAUCUUUGGACGAAGAAGCGUUGGUGGAGGGUGGUGGCUCCAGGGGCAGUGACCAUCGCGACGAGGCAACUGCAGGGUACACGCAGGAGUUCUACUUCCACAACCUGCUGCUCGAAUCCUAUUCCUUCUACUGGUUCAGGAGAUACCUGACCAAGGUUUUCAUUAUUGGCCACAUUAUCUGGAUGAAGUUAAGUUAGCAACAAAGUUAGUAGGGACCCUAUCUCUCUACCGCUGGUAGCCUGCCAAGCAUUCAACAAGGAAAUCUUUGAACCUGGACAGUAUUUCUGGAUCCUCUCCUGGAAAAUAAAAAGGGCCAAGCUUAUUGCCAACCUUAUUAUUUAUAUAGAGCUGCAGAUGGCACCCAUAAAGCUUAUAAACAAGAGGACUUAUGCGGACUUCACAGAAACCCCACGGAAACCUAGGAAAAAUAAGACCGAGGAUUAUUGUGAUCUGAAGUGAGAGAGGAAGAAUUAACAAGCCAACAAGUGAAACAGUUGCAUUCAGAGAAAUAUAUCUUUUCCUGUGGAUUAUCAAAGGUUUGCGAGGAGUAGACACAAAAGUGUUGCAAAGAUGUCACAUCUUAACCAAGCAUCGCGGAAAGGAAAAGAAGUUGUUAAUGAGCAUCGGGCUUCGAAGCAAUCCCGCAACAUCUAUGUGCCACGUCCUCCUAAUGGGAUUUCCAUACAUGAGCCUUCGAACACUCCAGUUAUUUCAUCGUCCGACGAAGAAGAGGGACAUACUGAAUUCCUUACUCCGUACUCAACUGAAUUUCAAAGCAACCUUGCCAACACCGUGAUACUACAGGGCGAAGGUUCAAAUGGUAGUAAACAUGGCAAUGAUGUCACACGAAGUUCAGCUACUGUGAUGGCAGACCAAAGGCAACCAAUCGCAAACACUGCAGAAGAUAGAAAUCGAGCAAGACGUGAACGAGAUAGAGCUCGGCGAAAUAGCUUGACAACCGAGCAAAAAGAGGAGAUUAAUGCACGUAGAAGAGCAGCUCGACAAAACAAAGCGCUCGAGGAGAGGAACGCAAGACAAAGUGCUAACAAGAAAAAUAUCUCCGCAGAAGAGAGGCAGAAAAAUAACGCACGUCGAAUGAAGUCUAGACAAAAUAUAGCACCACAAGAGAGGCAAGAGAUGAAUGCCAACAGAAGAGCACGGAGGCAGAGCAUACCUGAAUAUGAGAGGCAGGCGCUGCUAGCUAAGCGCAGGGCAAAUGCCAUGGCAAGGCGGAACACCCCUUGUGCCGAUUCGAUCGCAAUGCCGUGCCCAAAUGCAGCUUCUUUGGCAACGGGAAACCUCGCCAAAGAGGGAGAUGCUUCACCUCCUAUCUCUCCUUCAUGGAGCACGUCGGACUACACCAUUGGAACCGAAGAUGACAAAGAGGCCUUCCUUAGUAGACUCAUGGACGAGAAUGCUGUCCCCGACGACCUCAUGGACGACGAGUACUACCUAUAUGAUGCUGAAGAUCAAAAGCGAAAACCCGAUGAAUUCUGUUGAAGAUCCACAUAAAUCAACAGAUGAAGGCCUCGAUGCCAGGAUGUUGGGACGGACUGAAGGUUCAUCGAGUUCUGCACAACCGAUGGAGAUCAUGGGAACCCACAUGGAUUCCGUCGAUGCUUCGAAACGACCUGCUGACUCUACACAACCAAAUGAGAUCGCCAACAGGAAACAUAUGGAUUCUGUCGAUGUUAUGAGACUACCCAUGGACAUAUGCCCUGAGGCGAUGUUGGAACACACUGAAAAUUUGUCGGAUGUUACACCACUAAAGGACGAAAAGAGGCGGAAGACCAAUUUACAACAUAACAAACCCAAGAAAGCAAACAAAAUGGUUAUCCCACAAGAUUAUGUCUGCACUUCCGAAGAUAUAGAUGUUGUCAAGUUAAUCAUGUCUGCACCAAAAAAUACCAAGUUUGUGGACAUCGGUGAUGCGUUGUUAUCAAACAAUGACUUAAGAUGCCUUACGCAAGAUGGCAUGUUCUUGCACGAUGGUGUCAUAAAUGCUUACAUAUAUUGUAUAAGUGACCGUGGUCAUCUCCGGGAUAGAGCCGGUGGAAGGGUGCACCUAGAAAGCACGUUCGUAUCCAGCCGGCUAAAGAGACAUGGAGAACGUGAGAUAGACCCAUCAGAUCAUCGCCGCAUUGUGGAACGGAUGGAUAAGUAUUUGAAGAAUGACAUGGUCUUCCUUCCGAUCAACGUUACUGCCUCUCAUUGGUAUGUAAUAGUUGUCAACGCGAAAAAAUGUGUGAUUCAAGUGCUAGACUCACUUGGUGCUGUUGUAAAACGGAAUGACGUCACUCUUACAUUGAGAGGACUUGAGAAGCAUCUGAAGAUCGCAUCCCAAAAAAAGGACUUUAACAUAGGUGAAAAGUGGCAUGAUCUCAAUGUUACAAAAUGGCCAGUUAUAGAACAGUUUCCAGAGCCUAUGCAGACUGAUGGUGCAUCAUGUGGGUUGUUCAUGAUAAAUUUUAUGGAAUAUUGGACGGGCGAUAUGCUGACUGACCAUGUCAUACAGGAAGAUAUGAAUGAAUUCCGACCAAAAUUAGCUGCCAUAUUGUAUGAUUCAGAACUGAAUAAGAUAAAAGGUAGCCCGAUAUACGCACAAUCUGACAAAGAAGAAAAUGGAUCUGAUUCUGAUAUUGUGGUGCUGCCGAAUCCAAAGCGACCAUACUCAUCCGAUGUAGCCGAAGAUGAUAGAGUCAAAGAAAAGCGUCCUAUUCUGGUCCACAUGAUGCCCACGGAUCCACGCAUGUUAGUUCACGAGCUUUGCAAAUACAUCAUGUCGAUUCAAGACGCCAAACUUUUGGAGCAGGAAUGGGUUCGGAGUUCCAAACCUUAUCCUAUAGGCUUGAAUCUUAAGAAAAUCCAGGAAAUACUCAGAGUUGACAGGCCCAUGGACAAUGAUUGUUUCAACUUGGGAGUACGCAUAGUGGCAUGCGAUGAGAUCCUGCAGAUGGUAGAAACUGAUGUGCACUACAUGGAUCUACGUUUUUGUACGGCGAUGGUCGAUUCCACCCGAGGUCACAAGUGGCGAGUAAAGCCAAAUAUUCAAUCACUGGCAACAUUGUUUGAUAGUUGGCCCGGGACACCCUACAAAAUCUCUUCACGCAAAUUGGUUUUGCUUCCUUAUGCAUCCAGGGGACACUUUAACUUGUUCUCCAUUGAUAAGCAAGCAUCUUCUGUAUCUAUUUUGGAUCCUCUUUCGGUGUUUCCAUCUCUAGAGAGUAAGAUGGUUCGAUCUCACAACUUGCAAUUGAAGUUACAAAGAAUUGCAAUCUACCUAAGCGACGCACUCGCAUUAGCACAACCUGGUUGGGAUGCCGAUAUAUUUUCCUGGCCACGUACAUCACCAGUUGGUAUUCCAGAAAAUCCAGACAGUAAUGCGUCAGGUUAUUUCGUGUUUUACAUUAUGCUCUCAUGGAAUGGUAAAGAAUUGGUUCAUCCAAUAUGCACGGAUGGUUACGAGUUGCGGAAGAACUUUUUGAUACAUGUUCUCAAGUGUCAUGAAAAUGAAGCAGAAGAAAAUAUCCCUGCCAUUGUACACCAAUAUUUGAGAAGCAUCAAGGAGUAGAUAUUAGUUGAUCGAAAAAAUUAGUCGAGCGCUUAUUAUCUUAUUCAAAUGUUGUCAGUUACGUCUGUUCUUCAAAUAUACUUCAAACAAGGUUCUUAGAAUACCUCGUGGAUGUAGUUUUAUACACAAUAUUGAGUUAUUGUAAAAAAGCCGUGGCAACGCACGGGCAUUCCGGGAUGAUUAUGCUUCUUCAAACUUUGAAUCUCAUUAAUUUUUUCAUUUAGUCAGAUCAAUUUGGCCUCGUGUGCCGCUCAUAUUAGAGCGCCCACUUGCUAUGCUGCCAGACAUGGCAUUCUCCAUUGAUGAUGAAAGUUAGGAGAAAAUAGCUGUAACCAGAAUAUGAUGAUAUUUCUAUACAAGUCACGUACCAUUUUCCACAA